GAUGAUUCUAAUACUGAGGUACCCGAAUGCAUCAAGUCUAUUGAUCGUACAAAGUAUCGCUUCAAGAUAAAUUAUUCUAUGCAUGGUGAUUUUCCGGGAAAGAUUUUGUAAAGUAACCUCUAAGAGGAAAAGCAUUUGUUGAAUUCAGAGGAGUUCUGGUAGAAUAGGGUAUUUCAGAUACGUUCAAAAAAAGUUAUUUCGGGCAUUUCCUUGAUAAUCCAAUGCAGUGAAUGAAUUUCGGGUCGUUGAUAGUUCUUGGUCUUCUACUCCGACGUAUCAUUUGUGAGAAAAGAUGGAACUGUGGUUUGAACAUGAAAAUAUGCCUGUUUGUUUUGGCUUGAGGAAAUAUGCCUUGAUGACCGAACUACGGUGCCACCCCUUUCCUUCUGGAGAAGCAUUGGCUAAUCUGCUAAAGAAUGGCGAACCACUGUGGAAAUUUGUUUCAAAGAAAGGAAAAACCGUUAAUGCUAACUUUCUCCUUGAAAAGAUCAAAUCACCUGAAACGCCAAAAAAAUUAUAAGUUUUCACUUGCAUUGGUUUGGUUCUAUCACUGCAUCCUAUGUGCAAAAGAUAUAUCCAGUGGCGUUGAUGCAGACAUGAUCAAGCUAGCUUGCAAUCCCUCUGUCUUCAACGAAUAUCCAUGGGGUCUCAAAAGCUAUCUUUUGACUGUUGAGUAUCUUAUGAAGCCAAUAAUAUCCGAAUACAACCUCUACGGCUUUCCGUGGGCGUUCCUGGCUUGGGCCUUUGAAGCUAUUCCGAAACUUCAACAAAAUGCUAAGAAUGUUCCCCCUGAGAGGACAUUGCCACGUAUGAUCAGGUGGAUGUCGUAUGGAGGCCUAAAAAAAAUCUUCAGAUCAAUUCACUGCUACUGAUGAAAAGGUAAGGCUCUAAAACACGUUAAACAACCCGAGACUUGCUUAAACAACCUGAGACUUGCCUAAACAACUUGAGGUUGUUUGAACUAAACAACAUUCAGUUGUUUAAUAAACAUGAGGUUGUUUAUAAAGGAAGACCAUAAUAUUGACUUUUUUGUUCUUUUUAUGCAGGUAGUGUUGACACCUAAUUUUUGACCUCCCAUAGUUUAUUUUAAUUGCUCAGAGUCCUUGGAUAUCAAAAAGGAGUAAAAUGUGUAUUUUCUACAAAUCAAAAUGAUUUUAAAAAAUUAUUUAGAUCAUAUUUUGACAUUUCAUUUGGCAAAAUAACUUCAAUAAUAUUAUAAAUCAUUUAUAAAUCAAUUUACAUUUUUUUUUAUAAUUAAUAUGGAACAUUUUCUAAAUUCAAUCAAGCGGAUAAUCCAAAAACAAUUAUUUAUUUAAAUGUUAAAAUUAUCGGAAAAUCAAUUAGCAAGCAUGUUACUCCGCUUAAUUCAAGAAGUCUGAUUAAUUAACUAAGUUAAUCAUUUUACCCCUCAAUUCCUAAUUUUGUAUAUUCAAUUUGCAUUUGUGCAAUUUCUUGAGUUAAUCAUAAUUAAUCAAGUGUCUAAUUGUGGUUAAUUUCAUAAAUCUGCUUACUAUAUGAUUAAUUGGGGCUAUAAUUGAAAUAAUCAAUUUGUGGGAUAAUUUUGGCUUUAAUUGAAAUAGCCAAUUCUCAUUGCUUAAAUCAAUUGAGGUCAUUAUUGAAAAAUUAGCCUUUAAAUUGUUUAGUUAGUUUAAUCCUGGCCUUUAUUGAAAUAACUAAUUUCAUGGCUUAAGUCAAUUGAGGUCGUCAUUGCAAAAUCGGUCUUUAGUUGUUAGAUUAGGAUAAAUGUGGCCAUAUUUUAAAUAACCAAUCUCAUGGCUAUGCUUGCAAUUAAGUUUGUUACAUAAUUAACUGUGUCUUGACUUUGGCCAAUUGGUUAAUCCAUUAUGUUUAGUCGUAAUUAAGGAGUUUAAAUUAACUAGCUUCCUUAAUUAUGGCCAUUUAUUUAAACCAAUGUUGAGUCCUUCCCAUAUAUAUAUAUACACACAUAUACAUAGAUAUACAUGUAUAUA